AAGUAAAAGAAAUACUAGUUUCCAGAAGAGUAUUCCAGUGAUUUUUAUCUGAGCGUAUCCAGGAAGUACUCUUCUUCACGGUUCUCCAAGUGGGAACUUCAGUUGUUUUUGCUAAGCUUCAUCUCACCGAGAACAGAUUUCAAUGUCCAUUCAAGACUCUACAUAAACUUGUCUUUCUUGAUACCUGCGUUUCUUUGAAGCACUGAGUUUGCAUAGCUGAAAGCAGCUUUGAAGAAGAUCCUUGGUUACAAAGAAACACGAUUGAAAUCUCGCGAGAGUUUACUGACGACGAGAACACUUGGCCUGAGACUAUGCAGGCCUCUAUACCUGCUGCGUGGUACGGUAUAUUCGCAUGUAUCUCAGUUACAGGUGUUCACGCUGUUGAUACCUGCUGGAUCUACGACUAUGAACAUUCCUGGUCCAAGACCCCCUACAAGAGACUGUUCAACUGCCCCUGUGGGUGUUGCGGGGACUCAUGGACACGUUCCUGCUGUCCACGAGAGCCCGUGUGUCAGCACAACAAAACAGUGGACACCAAUCCACAGCCAGAGGACAACAGCGCAACGAUGCAAGCUCUGAUGUUGGCCGGCAUCGUCGUCGGCACAUUCUGCAUCCUGAUGAUCUUGACAGUCGUCAUGCACAUGUGUGGCAGAAUCUUCUUAAAGAGGAAAAGGGAAGAGAAGAACGCACCUCAAGUCAUCAUAUAUAACGUCCACGAACCAGUGGAAGCAUCUGUGACAGUCGGUUCCUGUAGUUCCGGCAUGGGGAAGUCAGGAAAAGAAGCACCACCACCACCUUAUGUUACAGCAACUACCACGGUUUAACUUCGCCUGGAUCAUCGUGAAGCACACUGUGAUAGUACUUCAAUGUUUUUGUUCUUGACAUCAUGAGCGCUUCGACAAAGAACCUAUUGAAAUAAGAGUUCAUAGAUAUUAUCUAAACAAGCGAAAAGGACCAACAUCACAAUGAAAAACUCUUGGUCUUUUGUGUGAGUGGCCAAUUGACCUGAGGCGUCUAAAUAUGCCGUUCAAAUUAUUUUUCUAAGUCUUUUCUGGUUCUGGUGCUUAUCGUUGAUUUGUGUCUCAAAUUCGUCUCAGUUCCCAUCCGUUGUCUGUCAACCGCUCAAUUGCUAUCAUGGCUUUUCAGACGUGACUUGGCUGGGUCAUCAUGGUAAAACAAAUUUACCUUUCAAAUGCACAUCACCAACUCGAACUAUCCUUCUAUCGGUAUCCUUCAAUAGUGUUUCGACCAAUGGUAAUCUUCACAGGGCAGCAAUGUUGUAAAGAUGUAUGUAUUCUUAGGCUGUUUCGUUCUGAGAUCAAUCUGUUCACAUUUUCUCAAUGUUCUAUGUGCCUAUAAUCUUUUGUGUGUUAAAAUUAUGAAUUCUUGUUAUCAAAUAUUUUGUCAAAACGAUAUAAUUUCGUCCACUUGAAAUAUUGUGCUAAUAUUGUUGUAUAAUAAAAAACCCAUACCAACC